AUGCCAGAUUCAGCAACGAUGAGCAAAAACGGAAUGGUGACAAAAAUCCACACGAGGAUAAGAGCCGACCCGUUCACAGCCAAUUACGAGUUGGUCGCCAAGGAGCUGGGCAGGGGAAAGUUUGCGGUGGUAAAGAAGUGCAUCGAGAAGGCAACGGGGAAGCAGUACGCUGCCAAGUUCCUGCGAAAGCGACGGAAGGGCGAGGACUGUCGCAUGGACAUCUUGAACGAGAUUGCUGUGCUGGAGUCAGCCAAGGCAAACCCCUAUGUGGUGGCACUGCAUGAGGUCUAUGAAACCAACACUGAAAUCAUCCUCGUUCUUGAAUGCGCCGCCGGUGGCGAAAUCUUCAACCAGUGUGUUGCUGAUAAUGACGAGGCCUUCACGGAGAACGAUGUGAUCAGGCUGGCCAAGCAGAUCCUGACUGGAGUGGCCUUCCUGCAUCGAAACAAUGUGGUGCAUCUGGAUCUGAAACCCCAGAACAUCUUGCUGACCAGUGCCAGACCCCUCGGCGACAUUCGUAUCGUGGACUUUGGCUUGUCGAGAUGCAUGGACAAAAUCACAGAAGUCAGGGAGAUCCUAGGUACCCCAGAGUAUGUGGCACCAGAGAUCCUGAACUAUGAACCCAUUAGCACUGCUACAGACAUGUGGAGUAUCGGGGUCCUGACCUACGUCAUGCUGACAGGCGAGUCUCCUUUCCUGGGUGACGACAAGCAGGAGACAUUCCUCAACAUCUCCCAAGUCAACUUAGACUACUCGCAAGACACGUUUGAAGGAAUCUCCUCCAUGGCUGUUGAAUUCAUCAAGUCCUUGUUGGUUAAAAACCCCAGGAAGAGAGCCACAGCAGAAGAAUGCCUCAACCACCCCUGGCUGAACCCGCUCCCCCAUCCCCACUCCCACCCGCACCUCCACACCAGGUCGGCCUCCUCCUCGGACGAGCCGGAGACGAGCCAGUCUGAGUCGGAACCUGAGAGCCCGGCUCCCUCCCUUGAGCGGGGCUUGAUCGGGUCGUACCUCACGUGCCCGGGCCAGGGCGGGCUGAAAGCGGGCCGUGACACCUUCUCCUUCAGCGAGCCCCCCUUCCCCACACGGCCUGAAAUACAGCAGGAGCUGAUCUGCUGAAUGACGCUUCCCAGGUGGAGAGAGACCUUUUGAAACUCAAUGAAGCAGACACUGAAAGCCAGUGAGCCUUCAGCUUCUCGGUCUGGAUCUGACACAGGACCAUCCUGUAUGGAUGCUGUAUGCCUGCUGCUGGCCGCUUCUACUGCUGUGAUGUCUGUGAGCUGGGCUGUGUGUUUGUUUUUUGUUUUUUGUUUUGUUUUUUUAUACCUCUGCAUGUGUGUGAAUAAUGCUAUUCCGUGCAGAUUUAUGAUUGCACGUCAGGAAUGUGAGCGGAAUGAAGAUGCGGGAGAAAAGAGCGGGAGGAGGCACACGGAUUGUGUCGCAGGCCUGCACUGCUGACUCCAAAAGUGACAGAACUGAACUGGGCUCAGCUUAAUACUGGGUCUAGUUCCACCCAGCGCGCACACUGGUUUCUCUUUUUACCCAAUUAGCCAUUUGCAGGAGGAGAGGCGGCCUCCUGCUUUCCUUGGGAAAUGACUUCAAUCACUGUGCGUUCUCAGCAAAACAAGUUAUGCUUCGGCUGACCCAGACAUACCUUCUGUGAUGAGUUUUUCUUGAAGGAAGUAAAGGGUUUUGACAGAUGGUUCUACUUAAUAGAGGAAUUAAAGCGAAGGACAGCACCUACGCUGAAGCCAGACGUUGACUGUUCCACUGUUUAUGUGUUUAUUUAUGUGUGUUUAUUACACCACUUCAGCCCCUUAAAUAUACAAAGCUACAACAGUGCCUGAGUCUGAUAUGGAAAAGGUUGCAUUCUUAUUUUUUUUAAGGACAAUCUUGAGCACUUUCUAUUUUGUUAUUGGACUUCGGUGUAAUAUUUAGAAACCAAAGGCUCAUCAAGCACAGUCUGCUGUCACAAUGUACUGUACAUAUUAACCAUACUCCACCAUCCACUGUUUUUGUCACAUGAUCUUUUUUCACAAAGUGCCGCUUUUUCAACCUCAGAUCUGUGUUUAAAGUUUUACUUGGUUUGGUUUUUUUUGUUUUUGUUUUGUUGGUUAUUGCACAAGUUGCACAAGUUUUUUUUUUUUUGGUUUUGUUUUUUUUACUUAACUGCGAUGUUGCCACUAGAUUUCAUGCUCUUUAAAUAUUGUGAAAACAUCAGUCAAGGAAAGAGGGAAUGGUAGGGGUUGAAAGCAACAGUUCAUUUUUGUUGUUGCAUUUGUAAUAGAUGAACAAUGACAUAGUCAACUGAAGAGCCCAGAGUUGUAUAAAUAUGUGAUAUUUGCCUUUAGAUGCUCGGGAGCAGAGGAAUAAGAAUCUCUCAAAAAGUACUGAAAUGUAUAUUGUGAGUUAGUAUUAAAAAUAAUCUUUAAGGAUAAUUAAUGUUUUUGUUUUUUUGUUUUUUAAAAACCAGUGUAUGAAUGUCAACAUAUAUCACGCCUUAUUUUGUACGUUAACUUUUACUUAUUCCCGUUGUUUUCUGCUCAUGAAUUUCAGGCAGGUUUGCACUUGUCCUUGUGGACGUUAUGUUAAAAUGAAUAAAUGUCGAUGGCAUGCAUUGCAAAAUGUAAUUAAGAAAAAAAUACACGUGCAU